AGACAGGGUGAGGCAUCUGCCUGUGUAUAAAAGUCCUGCAGCACAGCAGGAUGGCACACUGAACACUCCAAUUCAUCUAAAGAGAAGAGGAGUCAAACACGCGGCUAUGAAUCUCUUAAUAUCCAUUGUGGCACUGGGUUUGUGCCAUAUGCUCAACUACCCGACUGUAUCUGGAUCUGUACAGGAGGGCUUGGGGAGACCUUUCAUUCUGGAGGCCAUUGAGGAGGCCAAAAGACUCGUAGAUGAUGCUUACUUGUACUCUCGUCAAGAGAGUCUGGCGAGGGUGCGUAAGGACACUUUCAUCAAGCCGUCUGAUAAGCUGCGUCUGAUGAAGCAGCCAUCCCGAAAGACAAGAGAUGCUGUGAGAGCUGCAGACUACCUUCAGCAGACCCUGAGAAUUAUCACUGAGAAAACACACCACGCACACAAGAGAUCCAUUAAUGCUACAGCGCUGAUUACUCCUGAAGAGCUGCAGACUAUCAUACGCCUGACUGGCUGUGCAGCUCAAGUCCGGCCCCCUUCCUGCAGGACCACACCCCUCAUCAACAAGUACCGCACCGCCAACAGCGUCUGCAACAACCGGAGGAAUCCACUUCUUGGUGCAGCAAACACACCACACACUCGCUGGCUCCCUCCUAUUUAUGAAGAUGGUAUCUCCCAGCCUGUAGGCUGGGACCCAAGCAGACUCUAUAAUGGGGUCCUGCUACCUCUGGUGAGGCUGGUGUCUAACCGCAUCGUGAGCACAGCAGAUGCCAACGUUCAGGGCGACAGUGAGCUCACGUACCUGAUCACCUUCUUUGGCCAGUGGAAUGACCACGACCUGUCCUUCACUCCACAGUCACCCAGCAUCCGAUCUUUCAGCAGCGGCAUCAACUGUGAUGAGAGCUGUGAGCGCACCGAGCCCUGCUUCCCCAUUCAGUUUCCUCCUGGAGACAUACGUCAACCUGCUCCAAACACCUGCCUCCCCGUGUUCCGUUCUGCACCUGCCUGUGGUUCUGGUAACAAUGCCUUCAUUUUCGGUGGUGUCCCCAAAGUAAGGCAGCAGAUCAACUCCCUGACAGCAUUCCUAGAUGUAGGCCAGAUGUACGGCUCUGAUGAGGGGCUUGCGCGAGAACUCCGUGACCUCUCCAACGACAACGGCCUUUUGCUGGUCAAUGACCGUUUCCAAGACAAUGGUCGAGAGUUGCUGCCCUUCACUAAAGUGGUCAGCAACAUGUGCAAAACCCGUAACCGCAUCCUCAACACAACAGGCCUCGAGGAAGUUCCAUGUUUCAUAGCAGGUGAUGCUCGUGUGGAUGAGAACAUUGCGCUAACUUCAAUACACACGCUGUUUCUGAGAGAACACAACCGGCUGGCCCGUGCCCUGCGCCUACUCAACCCCCGCUGGAGCAGCGAAACACUUUACCAGGAGGCUCGCAAAAUUGUUGGUGCCUAUCACCAGAUUGUGGUUUUCAGGGAUUACCUGCCACACAUUGUGGGUCCAGAUGCCAUGAGAAGGCUGCUUGGGCCUUAUCCUGGGUACGACCCCAGUGUUGACCCAAGCAUUGCUAAUGUUUUUGCCACCGCUGCCUUCCGUUUCGCCCACGCGACUAUACAGCCCCUCGUCUUCCGUUUGGAUGAAAAUUUCCAGAACCAUCCUCAGUUCCCCAGCGUCCCUCUGUUCCAUUCCUUCUUCACACCCUGGAGAGUCAUCUUUGAAGGUGGAAUUGAUCCUCUCAUCCGUGGCUUGAUUAGCCGACCGGCUAAGCUGAAUCAACAGGACCACAUACUGGUGGAUGCAGUGAGAGAGAGGCUGUUUGCUUUCACCAGUCACAUUGCUAUGGACCUGGCAUCGCUCAACAUGCAGAGGAGCCGUGACCAUGCCCUGCCAGGUUAUACUGCAUGGCGGAGGUUCUGCAACCUCUCCACACCUCGCAAUGAAGCUGAGCUGGCCGUGGUGCUGAACAACACUGACUUAGCACGCAGACUGAUUACACUCUACGGAAAUCCUGCCAACAUUGAUGUCUGGGUGGCGGGUGUAGCUGAACCUUUUGUUCCUGGAGGCCGAGUCGGACCUCUCUUCUCCUGUCUCAUUGCAACCCAGUUCCAGAAGAUCCGUGAAGGCGACAGGCUCUGGUGGGAGAAUCAAGGGGUUUUCACCAAGAGGCAGAGAGCCUCGCUAGCUUCUGUGUCUCUGGCCCGCAUCAUCUGUGACAACACAGGCAUCAGAAGAGUUCCUGGUGACCCCUUCCGCUUAACCAACAGAUCUGACUUCAUUGAUUGCAACGAAAUUGUGGAUCUAGACCUCACUCCCUGGAUUGAGGCUGAUCCUGACGCAGAGCCAGUACUAGGACCUCCAGGACCUAGGGGACCUGCUGGAGAACAGGGUCCCCCAGGGGCACCAGGGAUAAGAGGACCACCUGGACCCCCUGGCCCUGCUGCUAACAUCACAACACCACGUUCUGCUUUCUCUGUGCAGCUCGGCGAUUCCUCCUCCUCUCCCAUCCCAGUCAGACUUAUCACUUUCCGCAGCACCAUCUAUAACGAUCUGAACGACUACAGCAAUCAGACAGGCGAGUUCACCUGCAGCGUGGCUGGUGUAUAUGAGUUUGUCUUCUUCCUAACAUCCUCCCGAAAUGUGGGCACCGUGACACUGCGGCGCAACAAUGCUGUGGUUCUGAGCAGCGUGGCGUCUCAGCAAAGUCCUGGCAGACUGAUGUACAGUGGGCAGACAGUCCUGCGGUUAAACCAAGGGGACCGUAUAAGACUGGAAGCCAGUUUGGGCAGCAAUGGCCUCUCUGCUAAUAGCUACUUCACUGGACAUCUGCUCUUCACAUCCUGAAAAGAGUCUCUUUUUUAACCCUUAGAAGUCACAGCUAUCGUUGGCGAUAACAAAAGAAUGUUGUUAUUUUAUUCUAAAGGGUCCAAAGCAUGGAAGACAAAUCCAGUUGUCCUCGCUUCUAAAUAAAAGAUUAUAAUAGGAUAUGUAGAUAUUGUUAAAGUUUCAAAAUGUACUGUUCACUUUACCAUCCACAAUCACCAAGAAGCAAUCAGAUCAUUUACAUAUAUCAGUUUUGAAAGCACAGCCUGUUUAAUUCUAAGGGAUAAACAGAGGUUGGAAAAUGGUCAUAUAGAAAUAAAUUAUGACCAUAUUUUUUAACAUAAAACCAAAUGUAAUACGUAGAAUUCAGGAAUAAAUACAGAAAAAAUGGGCCCUUUAAUUAUUUUGCACUUGUGUAGAAAUUCUAUCAUAAGUGUUAAUUCUAAACUUUAAAUCUGUACAUUUGUGUUUGUAUGUAGAAGAGAAAUUUUACUAUCCUUUACAUUUCUGCCAAGUUUUUGCCACUUUUUGGCACUAAAACAACAAAAAAAAAUCAGGAAGACAGACAAGCAUCUGUUGACACAGAUCUAAUUACAUAAUUACCCCUAUAAUUGCAUAAUUAUAUUUAAAUAAUUAUGCGAUGUAAAUUGAAUAUACAGCAAGUAUAUACAACAAUAACUCCAGACUUCUAAGGGUUAAACUGACAUACAGACUCCUUUCUCCCUGUGCACUGAUCAUGCCUCACAGAUACUGUUUAUCAUCAGUCACCUCAACAUAUAGCACUGUUUGCUGAUUCUGGUACAAUUGUGAAUUUUUGUUAAGGAUUGUUAUUGUUUUGCACUGUUUUAUGUAACCAUAAAGCGUGGUCAUUUUCUUUGACUGGCGUAUUGACAAUUUUCUGUUAUUCAAAAAAGUAAAAAUCUGUAUUUUGGGUGCAUAUUCUUCAGGGACUCCCUUUCACCUGCUUUCUUUAUGAUGUGAAAUAUACUCAAGUUUUAAUAUGUCUUCAUUAUUUCAUCUUGUGUUGAUAUUUCAUCUUGACUUGCAAAUAAACAAACUGUAUACCUCA